CAUUUAAUUUUUAUAUAUAAAUAUAUUAUACAUACAAUACAUUACAUCAAACAUACUUCUUUAUAUACAUAAAAAGAUGACCGAGACAUAUGUCUAUGCCUACACAAAAUCAGAGUCAAGGAAGGAGCAGACGAGCCUUGAAAAAUUACCACCUUUAUUUGAUACCCCAACCACAUGGAAGAACUGGUACAAACGAGUUCGGUGGGUCUACUCCAUCAUCCUCUCGACCCUACCUAUCAUAGCCAUCUACGGCAUGUUUACCACAGAACUCCAAGCCAAAACUGCAAUCCUCAGCGUCGUAUUUUACUUUUUCACAGGCCUCGGAAUCACUGCAGGCUAUCACAGACUCUGGGCACAUCGUGCUUAUCAGGCAACACCUCUACUAAAGUUCCUAUUCGCCAUAGGUGGUGGCGCUGCAUGCCAGGGAUCUAUAUACUGGUGGGCCCGAGACCAUCGCUCUCACCACAGAUGGACCGAUACCGACAAGGAUCCCUAUAGUGCCCAGCGUGGUUUCUUCUAUUCACACAUCGGUUGGCUCUAUGUCGAUCGUGGCAAGGGAAAGACUGGGUUCGCAGACAUCGCGGAUUUCAAGGCCGACAAGCUCAUCAUGCUCCAAAACAGAUUCUACCCUCUAGUUGCAGUUUUGACAGGCUUUGUUCUUCCAACCAUGAUUGCUGCCUAUGGAUGGAAUGAUGUCUGGGGUGGUUUCUACUAUGCAUCGGUUAUCAGAGUCACCUUUGUUCAUCAUGUAACCUUCUGCGUCAACAGUCUGGCCCAUUUCUUGGGAGAGGAUACCUUUGACGAUUUCCAUUCACCUCGCGACCAUUGGAUCACCGCCAUUGUAACCUUGGGCGAAGGCUACCAUAACUUCCACCACCAGUUCCCACAGGACUACCGCAAUGCGAUCGUGUUUUACCAGUACGAUCCAACCAAGUGGCUCAUCAAGCUACUCGAGUUCCUUGGAAUGGCCUACGAUCUCAAGACAUUCCCGACCAAUGAGAUUUCCAAGGGACGGAUUCAGAUGCAAGAGCAAAAGAUCCAAAGAGUCAAGCGUGAUCUCAAAUUUGGCACUCCCAUCCACGAGUUACCCGUGUACACAUGGGAAGAGUACCAAGAUCUUGUACACACCCAAGAUAAGCGGUGGGUUCUGAUCGAGGGUGUUCUCUACGAUCUCGAAGGUUUCGACCACCCGGGCGGAUCAAAGUAUAUAGAGGCAGCAUUAGGCAAGGAUAUGACAGGAGCCUUCAAUGGUGGCGUCUACAACCAUUCGAAUGGAGCCAGGAACCUGUUGACCAUGAUGCGCGUGGGUGUACUCCUGCAUGGCAUGGAAGUCAUGACACAGGCCCAGGCCGAACUUGACGUUAAAGAGCUAGCAUUGGACAAUACAUUCACAACCAAAACCACGACCACAACCACAACCACAACUACUAAUAGCAAUAAUACCCUAAAGAAAUCCCAGUGAAUAUAUUUUUUUUUAAAAAAAUAAAAAAAUAAAAAUAAAAAAAUAUUAAAACACAUAUAUACAAAU